AUGCUAAUACAAGCUCCUAUCCCCAGAACUAGAUUUGCCAUUACUCCAACCAAUGUCCGACCAAUCCAUGUUUGUUUAGACAUGACUCCAACUCGACAAUUUUCCAAUCAUAAUAGCAUCUUGAAUCUGACCUAGAGAUUGGAUGACAGAUUGCCUAUCCGAGCAGUCGUUGAAAAUAAACAUCCACAAUCCAUUAUUGUCAAUAGAGUUCAUGGCAACUCUUUCUCUCAGAAUUAAUCUAAUAAGGAAAUACAAAAUCAGAUCUAAGAAUUGACAAAACAAAGGGAGAAUAUGGCUUAAAUUUUAUCAGAAGCCAUUCGAAAAAACAACCUUCUCCAAAAGUAGUUAGAUAAACUUUAAAGUGAUAAAACUGAGCAGGCACUCUAAUUUUAAGUGAAUUUAGAUUAAUUCCAAGAUUAAAUCACUUAAUUGACUAGUAGGUUAGAAGACCUGAUUAUCGAAAACACUUAGCUUCAAGAAUCUUAUUAGAGUUAGCAAUUUUACAUCGAGUAAUUAGAAUAUUAAGAAAAUGAUCAACUAAAUAUCACAUAACAUUUUGGAUAGAUGUGA